UGCAGUUUCUUAUAGAAUUUUUCUAUGGGCGGAUGAAAAGCUCUCCCCUCUCCCUUUUACCUUUACCUUUUCUUCCUCAGCCCCUCUCCCUCUCCCUCUCUGCCCUCUCCUUCUCCCCCCCUCUCCUCCCCCAUCCGCCUUCCCCCUUCCCCAAUGGAGCUUCCCUGGUUCACGCGCAUGCCUGGAAUUGUCCACGCCGUCGCCAACUUCUCAUUCCCUCCCGCUUUACGGCUUCCCCUCCCGGAAGAGUUUCUUCGAUUUUGUUUCUGGUUCAUUUAUCUUGCUUUCUUGUUUUAUCUGCUGGGGUCGGCGAUGGCGUGGACAAUUGCAGGCAUGCGCGUGCCUCUCGGUGUGGGCGAGGGCUUCGCGUCGAGACCGGGCGGCGAGAGGAGGACGCCUUCUCUUCGUUAUCUUUGCUUUCAGAAGCGCCCUGCGCAGUGACAUUUCAACAUCUACUGAGGAGAGCCCCCAAGUUGAUAAUGAGGAUGUCCCCCAAGUUGAUACUGAUGAUGUACCCCAAGUUGAUAGUGAUGAUGUCCCCCAAGUUCAAACGGAGAAAGUUCAGGUAAUUGAGGAAAAUAUGGAGCAAUCAACAAAGAACGAUGCUGCUUGGAAAACUGAACGCAGGUCUAUACCUCCUUGUAGUAACGGCCAGAUGAUCUAUGAAAUAGAUCCACUUUUAAAAGCUCACCGAACGCAUCUUGAUUAUAGGUAAUAUUCUUUACCUUAUAAUCUUGAAAUCGAAGCUGUGUGCAUUAACUUUCUGUUCUGAUUUUGGAUAGUAAGCAGAUGCAUGUCUACCCUAACCCAAUUAAGGUAAGCCCUCUUAACUCUGAGGGAAAGCCUUCACUAAUCCCAUCAUAGUGAGGGUCACCGUCCCUGUAUAAAAGUUUAUAUGGUGAUUAACGGGCCUAAUUGAUAUGUGUCCAGGAUCCGAGCCCCUUGUUCAUUUUUCUCUAAGAACCCCAACCUUGCAGUGCAGUAGUACAUUUGUAUCCUUCUUGCCCACGACCAUCACACUGCUCCAGCAUAUAAUGGUUAUGUCAUGAAGACAUACUUCAUACUUGUUUCUUUAUUCUCGUGUUCACUGGUAUUUGCAUUUAUAUUCUCAUCUGGCUGCUUGUUUUUUAUGUAAAAUAUGCAAAUUGCUUGAAAUAAUUAGGCAAAUUCUAUACAUACACUGUUCUUCAGGAGAAUCAUGAUUCUGAUUUUCAUAGCUCUUUCAAGGUGAGGAUUAUCCACUGUUACUAGCAUGUUGGGAGAACUACAUCUCCUAUUACUUUUUCUUGGUAUUGAGAAAAUGAACGGUUUGUCAUCUGUGUUUCUUUCAUAAAUUUUUAUUUUCUUUUGUCAUGCUUAGUUGCAUUAUGCUUGCAGGUAUUCACAUUAUAGGAGAAUGAGGCAUCUUAUUGAUCAAAAUGAGGGGGGUUUGGAUGCAUUUUCUCGUGGAUAUGAGAAAUUUGGCUAAUUAAUCAAUAUGGUGGUCUCUCCAUUAUAGCUAGGAUUGCAAAUGGGCUGGACAUGGGACAGAAUAUAUGUCAGAGGUUGGGAUGAAUCAAGACUUGGCAAAUAGAAAAGCAACAAAACUUUAAACCAAAUCUGGCCUAUUUACAAGCCUAAUUAUGUCCUCUUAUAUUUCACUUCUCUCUGCCUCUCUUGCCUUUUCUUUUUUGGCUAAGAAAGAUUGCAGGUGGGCAUUGGAAAUUCAACCGUUUCUUGCUAUUUACCAGUUUGGUUGGCUCAUUGUUAGUCUAAGUCAGAUGAGUACUUCAGUAGGUCCCAUACCGACACGACAAAACUGGUAUUUAGACACACCUACAUACUUUUUGGAUCGAAACUGAUCCAAACCUCUUAUUUUACUUGAUCUUCCUUGUUUGUAACACAGUUUACAUUCUGUUUUUGUGAGUUAUUUUUCUUUAUAUAUUUUGUUUAUUUAAAUGUUGUUUUCAUUUUUAACUUUUUGAAUUAUUUUGCAUAUAUAAAUAUACACACCCUGCUGUACUCCCAUGCCAACAUUUUCUAAAGUUGCCGUAUCUGUUCCUGUAUCAGCAUUUAUUUUGGUUUGACCUCAUUGGUAGCAUUAUUUGUAGUCUCUAUAUUCUGCUUCUAAUUAUGAGCAUGUUGAAUUUUUUAUCAGGUGGCAUUUAUGGGAAAUUAUAGUGAGUACUUUGGAUUUGCAACUAAUGUAGAUGCUGUGGUUUAUUUGAUGCUUGCUAAUGACCUUAUACAUGGUCUCUUUCCUGAAGCAGUUACUGUUGGUGAAGAUGUUAGUGGGAUGCCAACAUUUUGCAUUCCUGUGAAGGAUGGAGGGGUUGGGUUCGACUAUCGCCUUCACAUGGCUAUUGCAGAUAAAUGGAUUGAGCUCCUCUUAAAGAAAAAGGAUGAGGAGUGGUUAAUGGGUGACAUUGUUCACACACUUUCAAAUCGAAGAUGGCUGGAGAAAUGUGUUGCGGAUGCAGAGAGUCACGAUCAAGCACUUGGUGGUGACAAGACUACUAUUGCAUUUUGGUUGAUGGACAAGGUGUCUUUGGCUGUAUUUGUUUGUGUUUUUGUUUUUCACUGUGUUUUUGUGAAGCUAUUGUUGAGGAAACAUCCUAGUUUGGGAGUUUUAUAUGACGUAAGUUUGAAAAUUUUUAAAUUUUGUUGGAGUCUUUUAUGUAAAGGGUUAAACUUAACCCUAAUAAUUAUUUAGUCUAAUAAAAACGAGCAGCCUAGGCUUGUGUUGAGGUAGGAUAUAUAUAUAUAUAUAUAUGUAUAUAUAUGAGGAAAACCAGAACAUUAUCCUGCAUCACCACAAGCGUAGGCUGCUCGUUUUUAUUAGACUAAAUAAUUAUUAGGGUUAAAUUUAACCAUUACUCCAACAAAAUUUAAAAAUUUUCAAACUUACGUCAUAUAAAACUCCCAAACUAAGAUGUUUCCUCAACAAUAGCUUCAUAAAAACACAGUGAAAAACACAAACAAACUGUAAGAAGUGUUGUAUGUUUUGUUAUUUUACCAACUGCAAAAUGCAGAAGCUUUAGAAGACAACUUUCACUUCAGAACUAUCUUAAGCCAAAGAAAUCCAUGACUGCACUAAGAGGUAGUUGCCAUUUCUUCAUCCAUUAUUGGUAAUUGUAAUAAAGAGAGUGCAACUAAAU